GACGCUUUUUCCCGGGGCCCCUAUUGCCGGGGGCCACUGUUUCCGGGGGGGAGCCUAUUGCUAGGGGCCCCUAUUGCUAGGGCCGCUAUUACUAGGGGCCGCUGUUUCCCGAGGCGGGCCCUUAUUGCCGGGGCUGCCGUUUCCGGGGGGGCCGCCAUUGCCGCGCGCCGCCAGUGGCGGAGGCGGCGCGGGCAGCGCUCCCCCCGCGUGGCCGGGCGGGCCCCGGCGCCUCCUCUUCCCUCCUUUUCUUUCCCUCCCCUUCCCCUCGCUCCCUCUCUCUCUCCGGCAGCCGGCGGGAGCGAUGCGCGGCUGCGGGGCGGCGGGCGGGUGGCGGUAGCGGCGAUGCUGGGCGCGGCGCGGCGGGCGCGGCGGCUGUGCCACUGGGGCCCGCUGGUGGCCCUGGCCGUGGUGGCCGUGUGCUCGGCCACCGCCAUGGCAGACGCCGCGCUGUGGUACUGGCCCCUGGACACGGCCGGGGGAAGCGUCAACUUCAUCAUGCUCCUCAACUGGACCGUCAUGAUCCUCUACAACUACUUCAGCGCUAUGUUUAUCGGCCCGGGGUACGUCCCGCUCGGGUGGACGCCGGAAAAAUCUCAGGAUUGCAUGUAUCUCCAAUACUGUAAAGUGUGUCAGUCUUACAAGGCACCACGUUCUCACCACUGUCGGAAGUGCAACAGAUGUGUCAUGAAGAUGGAUCAUCAUUGUCCUUGGAUCAACAACUGUUGCGGCUACCAGAAUCAUGCAUCUUUCACGCUGUUUCUCCUCUUGGCUCCACUGGGAUGCAUUCACGCUUCUUUCAUAUUUGUUAUGACUAUGUACACUCAGCUUUACAACAGAAUAUCUUUUGGGUGGAGUUCUGUAAAAAUUGACAUGAGUGCAGCCAAGAGAGACCCUCGACCUAUUAUUCCCUUUGGACUGUCUGCAUUUGCUGCAUCUUUAUUUGCCUUAGGACUGGCAUUGGGAACAACUAUUGCCGUUGGUAUGCUGUUUAUUAUCCAGAUGAAAGUCAUUUUGACAAAUAAAACUUCAAUCGAGUCCUGGAUUGAAGAAAAGGCCAAAGACAGAAUCCAGUACUACCAAACGGGUGAGACCUUUAUUUUUCCCUAUGACAUGGGAAGUAAAUGGAAGAACUUCAGGCAGGUGUUUACGUGGUCUGGGGUUCCUGAGGGAGACGGCCUGGAUUGGCCAGUAAGAGAUGGCUGUCAUCAGUACAGUUUGACGAUAGAGCAACUGAAACAGAAAGCAGACAAGCGAAUAAGGAGUGUGCGGUAUCGAGCAAUAGAAGACUACAGUGGUGUCUGCUGCCCUGUGACUAAAGGUGUUAAAACAUUCUUCACAACACCGUGCACUGAAGAACCUAGAAUUGCACUGAGUAAAGGGGAUCUGAUUUUAGCCACGAGAGGCUUAAAACACUGGAUGUAUGGUGAGAAGAUUCUCGACUCAACUGCUGAUGCCUUGUGACCAGAUGAUAGAACCGUGCAGGUGCGUAACAAAGCACCUGGAAGCCAUAGAUACCCUGCACCCUAAGUCCUCAGGCGGCUGACAUUCUUCAAUAACUGCACGAAACAAAUCAGAAGCAGGGGAAAUUAAUGGAAAUUGUGUUUAUGGAAGAGGGAAUCAUAUAAAAAUCAGAGACGGAGGAUUUGGCCACUGGAGGAGACAGUCUUCUGCUUUGAAUCCUCAUCACCCAUCUAUCUGUCUGUCUGUGUAACUACACAACGCUGAAUCACAAGUUUUCAUCAAUCACCUGCAGCCAUACGCUCGGCAGGACGGUGCUGCUGUUGAUCCAUGCCCUCGCUGGGGUGUGAGCGAGCACAGAUGCUCUGCUGAAGAAGCAUUCCCUUGACAUUUCUGCUAUCCAAGGCAUUCACAUGGACAUUUACUGCAGCAAAUCUCGCUGAGCACAGAAUGCUGGCUGAAGUAAAUUAUCAUAUUUCAUGUUCAUUUCAGUGCCUUAUCCUGCUGCUGUUUAAGCUUUGCCAGCAUUUUCAGAGUAAUAUUCUUUGGAAGCUUCUCCAGGAAAGUGCUGCGUAGAAUUCUCUACUAUUGGAAUAAAAGAUCAGUUUCCAGCUGAGUUUCCUUGAAGCUUUAUAUGGGUAAGUGUUUUAUUUUGUGUAUACUUUGAUGGGCUGUCUUGGAGCUAGCUAGUUAUGCAGGAUAAAGAUUUGGAACUUGGCUUAACAAAGGCAUGGGGCUUGAUUUAAUAAAGGCACGAGACAUGUAGAACAAGUCAUGCAGGACUGGAGCUGAUGACUUACACUGAUCACGUGCGGCCACAGACAUCUGCGGGCUCCCACCUUUUGGAGAUGCCUGAACUUGCCAGGCACUUGAUCCAUUUGCCUAAGUGAGACAGAGUAUUGCAUUAACAGGUGCUGUGAGGUGGUGAAAAUAUCCACAGCUGGGCCACCACACCUCUGUAAGCCUCAUGUGCUUUUGCAGUGGGAUCUAGAGGCCAGGCUGGACACAUCUUAAAUAGCAUUAGAUGUCUGCGUGUGGGCAUUUCAGUUAAGACCAAGCAGGCACACUGCUUUGCUUGGCUUGGCAUUCAUUUUUUUGCUUGCCUUGGAAGUCUAAGCACCAGCAUGCACUCCGAGGCACAUGUGCCCACUCCAAUCGGCACAACAUCCUCAAAUUGUUCUUUGAGUGCCUAAGUCUAACUUCUAGGUAGAAAUUAGAGCACUUCUGGGGGAAGAUAGAUUUGAACUGUAAGAGUGAGGAGUAUUACACCGGAUCUUCCAUAAUCCUGGGCGAGAGCUAUGACUACCAGGCCUGUCUCCUCCAGCUGUGCUUUGAAGAAAGCUUGGCUGUGGCUCCUGGGCUCAGCUGUAAUCAGUUCUUCUUUCCCACUUCGUAUGUGCUGUAGCAGAACUGCAGGCAUUUUCUGUUGAGAAUAUAUAGAUUAAUUGUUUUGUAGCAGAAUGAUGUUGCUGGGGAACAGCAUUCGAGAAUCAGCCGAAUGUCACCUAAAUGGAUUCUUAGCUGCCUAAGUGCUUUUUUGGAUCUCAGCCACGUUGUCCUGUAUAACACCUUGUAAGCCUUUUAGUUCUUGUUAUCUCAACAACAGGUCUUGGUCUUUUGGCAUUGUGGGGCGGGGGAUUGUGGUGGGGAGGAUUUUAAGAGGAAGGUGAGAAAGAAGGUAGAAUGGACUCUUUGUGUCAUUCAUUAGUUCAGUCUUCUCAGGUUGGCAGCUGGCUCUGACACAGUAACCUUUACUCUUGCUCUAGUGAUGCUCUCUUUUCCGGAUGUUAUCCUACUAAUGCUGGGAAGGUUGCAGCAAUAAGAUGUUUCUCAGCUUGGGCUGGGGUACCUCACUACAGCUUUGAGAGAAACUGUAACAGCUGUCUAUCUUCUGCCCGAUUCCUGGCCAUGAUGUGUUGGCCAUAAAUAAUGCUGCUCGCCCAGACUACAUGCUUUGCUGUGGAGGGACUGACAAAAGAAGGACUGCAGUGCAGUGAGGCAUUAAAUUUCUUCUCUCGUUUCCCUCAGUAGCAGUUCCAUUGACCACUACUCUAAAUGUAUGCCGCUUAUUUUAAAAAUAUAGUUAAGUAAAAAGGAAAAAGAGCAAAGGAAGAUGCAGAGGCAAACUGAUAAAGACAUUUCAGGAGCAGGAAGAAUGCAGAAUUACAACAAAGGACUUGAUUGCCAUCUAGCUUAGAAGUGCUUCCAAUCAUUCCCAUUGCCAAUCCUGAAAGCCUUACCUCAGUAUUGCCCUGGGAGCCUGGAAUCCUCCUCCUCCCUCCAUAAUAACGCUUCUGCCUUUAUCUGUGCUACAGAGCCUGUCUCCAACUUCCCUAUGGCUCGGUGGUCUGAGACAGCUGAAUUAUAAACCUGCUUUGUGGGAUCCACGUAGGAUUAUACAGGUAAAAAUCCAGAUUCUAAAAAUGCUCCCCAUAAUUCCUGUCCUUUGAAGAGUAAAGAUCCAGUUGUUUCCCCUGUGAAAUAAUCUUUCAAUAUGUGUAGCACUGCUCUCUCAAAUCAAGCCCAGCCUUCUGCACUUCUGUCAAUAGCAGGUGCUGAUUAAAAUCACAGUUCUGGUUUCUCAAGCUACAUAAUCCUGCUAGUUCAUUCUUAGACCUACUUUUCUUAGCACACUGUAUCCAUUAUAUUAGUGUUGUCCUCAUUUUUAAGGGUUUGUGAUUUUUCAGCAGGCUGAUAGCAUCAUGCUUGGAGACAGUCUCUCUUGCUGUGAAAGGGAUCUGUUUGCCAUAAAGAACUACGUGGCUUUGAGAGCUACAUGUAUCAAACGUAACUGUAUUAAUUAGCUUGUGCUGUGCUUGUAAAGUGAUUAUAAUAAUGCUUAUCUCAACCAUAGUACCAUUAUCUCUGUUUUGCAGAUAAUGGAACUGAGCCACAGAAAGGCAAAGCCCAGUGUAGGGCCCUUGAGCUGGCCGCACUGCUCUUAUUUCCCCUGUGUCCUUGAAAAAGUAAGCAGCUUGGAGAGAGCAAACUUUGGGUGGAUAUGUCCUGUUAAUAAGAAAAGCUUUCUGGGAAGCUGCAGGACAAUUGCCUGGACUGUCAAUCUAUAUCUUCUGGAAAAGAAGACUCACAUUUAUCUCACAGGCUAUUUUACCACCUAAAGUACUAAACUACUCCUGCUUGUCAGUUCAC